GGAGCGCUCGCGGAGGGCUCGGCCGCCAGCGACCGAGCGGGGCCCGGCCCGAGCGGGACCUGGGGGUGCGACGCCGAGGGCGGGGGAGCGCGCGCCUCUGCUCCGGAUCGGGCCGCGCGCGCCGCCUCAGGAACCAUCACCAUUGCUAGAACCUGACAGAAAUCUAAGCCAGUUACUAGAGCAUCUCUCAUUGCAGCCUCACCAUCAUAAUAUACCAGGAACUUUCAAGUGUGGCGGUAUCGCAGCUGCAACCAUGGGGUCUGAGGAUCAUGGGGCCCAGAACCCCAGUUGUAAAAUCAUGACAUUUCGCCCAACUAUGGAAGAAUUUAAGGACUUCAACAAAUAUGUGGCCUACAUUGAGUCCCAGGGAGCCCACCGGGCAGGCCUGGCCAAGAUCAUCCCCCCGAAGGAGUGGAAGCCACGGCAGACGUAUGAUGACAUCGAUGACGUGGUCAUCCCAGCCCCCAUCCAGCAGGUGGUGACGGGCCAGUCAGGCCUCUUCACACAGUACAACAUCCAGAAGAAGGCUAUGACGGUCGGGGAGUACCGCCGCCUGGCCAACAGCGAGAAAUACUGCACUCCCCGGCACCAGGACUUUGACGACCUGGAACGCAAGUACUGGAAGAACCUCACCUUCGUCUCUCCCAUUUAUGGCGCCGACAUCAGUGGCUCCUUGUACGAUGAUGAUGUGGCCCAGUGGAACAUCGGGAACCUUCGGACUAUCCUGGACAUGGUGGAACGUGAGUGCGGCACCAUCAUCGAGGGUGUCAACACUCCCUACCUGUACUUUGGCAUGUGGAAGACCACCUUCGCCUGGCACACAGAGGACAUGGACCUGUACAGCAUCAACUACCUGCACUUUGGGGAGCCCAAGUCAUGGUACGCCAUCCCACCGGAGCAUGGCAAGCGCCUGGAGCGGCUGGCAAUUGGGUUCUUCCCCGGGAGCUCCCAGGGCUGUGACGCCUUCCUUCGGCACAAGAUGACCCUCAUCUCGCCCAUCAUCCUCAAGAAGUACGGGAUCCCAUUCAGCCGGAUCACGCAGGAGGCCGGGGAGUUCAUGAUCACAUUUCCUUAUGGCUACCAUGCUGGCUUCAACCACGGAUUCAAUUGUGCUGAGUCGACCAAUUUUGCCACCCUGCGGUGGAUUGAUUAUGGCAAGGUGGCCACUCAGUGCACAUGCCGGAAGGACAUGGUCAAGAUCUCCAUGGACGUCUUCGUGCGUAUCCUGCAGCCAGAGCGCUAUGAGCUGUGGAAACAAGGCAAGGACCUCACGGUGCUUGACCACACCAGGCCCACGGCCCUAAGCAGCCCUGAGCUCAGCACCUGGAGCACCUCCCGGGCCUCACUUAAGGCAAAGCUCCUCCGCAGACAAAUUAGUCUGAAAGAAAGCAGACACUGGAAAAAGACUGAGGAGGAGAGGAAACCAAAUCUAGAGAGGAAGAAAGAGCAGAGCAAAAAGCCGGGCCUGUCGUCUCACCGGAAACGCAGCCAGACCAAGAAGCCCAAGCCGGAAGACCCCAAGUUGCCCGGGGAGGGGUCGGCUGGGGCAGCUCCUCCCGAGGAGACCAGUGGUAGUGUGAAAGAGGAGGUUGCACAGGAGGCGGAUCCCGAGGAUGAGGAGGAGGAUCCCCAGCUGCCACCGCAGGGCCGGGAGGCAGAGGGCACAGAAGAGGACAGGAAGGGCAAACUACGGCCAGCCAAGGCCAAGAGCGACCGGAAGAAGAAGAGCCCCCUGCACCCUCACCACCCACUCCUUCCCGAGCUUCCGCCAGCCCUGCCCAUCCAGUUCCCCAGUGAGGAGGUGCUGCCGCCCCCACUGGAGCCCCCAGUGCUGACCCCUGGCCCUGAAGUCACUGAAGAGAGCCCCUUGCCACCGCCCCUCAACGUCAUGCCCCCCGAGGCACCUGGCGAGGAGCUGGAGUCGAAGUCGCGCCCCAUCAUCCCUAUGUUGUAUAUGGUGCCCUGGGCCAGCCAAGCCACAUGUGAGAAGGGCCGUGUGUCCUGCCAGCAGGCGUCUGAGCACUUUCCCCAGAAGGGCCCCACCUGGAAGGAGCAGCUAGCCCCCAUGGAGCUGACGGAGCCUGAGGAGGACAGUGGAGCCAGCGAAGUGCAGGCACCGUCAACAUUUUCCAAGUUGAAGAUGGAGAUCAAGAAGAGCCGGCGCCACCCUCUGGGCAAGCCGCCCACCCGGUCCCCUCUGUCAGUGGUCAAGCAAGAGGCAUCCAGUGAUGAGGAAGCAUUUCCUUUCUCCGGAGAGGAGGACAUGAGUGACCCCGAGGCCUUGAGGUCCCUGCUGUCCCUGCAGUGGAAGAACAAGGCUGCCAGCUUCCAGGCUGAGAGGAAGUUCAAUGCGGUGGCUGCCCUCGCCGAGCCCUACUGCGCCAUCUGCACCCUCUUCUACCCGUAUAGCCAGUCCCUACAGAUGGAGAAGGAGGCCCCGCAGGCGUCCCUCGGGGAGGGCCCUUCUAUACCACCUUCCAAAUGUGGCCAGAAGACGCGGCCGCUGAUCCCUGAGAUGUGCUUCACCUCCAGCGCCGAGAACACAGAGCCCCUCCCCGCAAACUCCUACAUCGGUGACGACGGGACCAGCCUGCUGAUCGCCUGUGCCAAGUGCUGCCUGCAGGUCCAUGCCAGUUGCUACGGCAUCCGCCCGGAGCUGGUCAACGAAGGCUGGACGUGUUCCCGGUGCACGGCCCACGCCUGGACUGCGGAAUGCUGCCUGUGCAAUCUCCGGGGAGGAGCUUUGCAGAUGACAACAGACAAGAGGUGGGUCCAUGUGAUCUGCGCCAUUGCAGUCCCUGAAGUUCGGUUUCUGAACGUGAUGGAGCGCCACCCCGUGGACAUCAGCGCCAUCCCUGAGCAGCGGUGGAAGCUGAAAUGCGUGUACUGCCGGAAGCGGAUGAAGAAGGUGUCUGGGGCCUGUAUCCAGUGCUCGUGCGAGCACUGCUCCACGUCCUUCCACGUGACCUGCGCCCACGCCGCAGGGGUCCUCAUGGAGCCAGAUGACUGGCCCUACGUCGUCUCCAUCACCUGCUUCAAGCACAAGUCGGGGGGCCACACCGUCCCGCUCCUGAGAGCCGUGUCCUUGGGCCAGGUGGUCAUCACCAAGAACCGCAACGGGCUUUACUACCGGUGCCGCGUGAUCGGCGCCACCACGCAGACCUUCUACGAAGUGAACUUUGAGGACGGGUCCUACAGUGACAACCUGUACCCGGAGAGCAUCGCUAGUCGAGACUGUGUCCGGCUGGGACCCCCACCCGAGGGGGAGUUUGUUGAACUCCGGUGGACUGACGGCAACAUCUAUAAGGCCAAGUUCAUCUCCUCUGUGACCAGUCACAUCUACCAGGUGGAGUUUGAGGAUGGGUCCCAGCUGACAGUGAAGCGCGGCGACAUCUUCACCCUGGAUGAGGAGCUGCCCAAGAGGGUCCGGUCACGGCUGUCGGUCAGCACCGGGGCGCCGCAGGAAAGCGCCUUCUCUGGAGAGGACGUGAAGGCCGCCAAGCGCCCGCGAGUGGGCGCUCCGCGAGCCGCCGAGGACGCGGGGCGGAACCCAGACUACCUGGCCUUCAUGGAGAGCCUCCUGCAGGCCCAGGGCCGGCCCCGAGCCGCCUUCUAGGACAGCCGCCGCCGCCCAGCCACCCCGGCCCCGCACAGCAGGCGGCGCGGCCCGCAUCUGCUUGCUGUGAAUUCCUGUCCUCGCCUCCCGCCCCCAGAGGCUACCUCCGUGCUCUGCGGGGACAGGAGCAGCGGAUGCUGGGCCCAGACUCAGGGAGUGGGGUCGCGCCGGCUCUGGGGGCAUCGGCGGGGGCUCGCGCCACCCCUACUACUCAGAUUCGUAAACCGUAAGCUCUUCUUCUCGAAAAGGUGCUACUGCGUUGCCUGCCUCCUGAGCAGCCUUUGAGAUUGUGACUCCUGUACAUAGAUCUCCUUUGUGAGGCUCUUUCUAUAAAUACUUAUUGUUUAAAAAACUCAAGAAAAAAGGAAAACAAAGAAGAGGAAAAAAGUCCCUAAAGUUGUUUUGUAGAUUUGUUGCUUUAAAAACAAAACAAAACAAAAAAUAUUCUUUUUAUUAGAACUGAGACGUGCUGAGGGAGACAAAAGCAUCUCAUUUUUUGUUUGUUGUUGUUUGAAGAUCUCACUCCUCUGUGAGCAGGCAGGGAAGUGCGUGAGGCCUGGAGGGGAGGACACCCAGCGACAGGCGACGCCUGCCACUCUGCUCUCCCCCUGACUUUGCGGAGGCCUGCGCAGCUGGCCGCAGUGCCAGCCCUCUCUGCCAGGCAGGAGGAGGCUGAGGACCUUUUGGUGGCCAAGUGCUGGCCAUGGCGUCUGGGCGCCUCCCUCCUGUCUGAGCACCUUUGCAAAUAAACAAUCUCUUCCUGUUUGUUCCAUCUUUUGCUUCUUCCCCCGGGAGAACCAUUCCACAGCGAGGCCUGCAUAUGCGAGAGGGCUCUGUGCAGACUGACUGUCCCUGGUGCCACCCAGGACCCCUCAGCCUGCUCCGGGGAGGGAGCCCCAAAGUGGGUGGCCUGCAGCCGGAGCAGAUGGGUGCCAGGCUUUCGGGGAGGGAGAACACAGCCGAAGCAGGCCUCCAGGGGCCCCGUCCAGCCUGUGUCCCCGGCUCCCGGGCCCCUGCUUUGGCUGCGGCCCUACAUGGGGAAGGGGCAUGGAGAGGGCUUCCUGGGACCCGCGGGGCUGGCAGCGUCCUGUCCUGUGACCCGCGUGUCUGGGAGAGAGUGAGGAGAGAGGGGGAGGACCGCGCUGCUUUCAGCCUGAAGGACCUGCCACUUCCGGUGGUGCGCUGGACUUAGGCGAGAAACACGCUUUCCCGUGAGCUCAGCCCGCGCCCUCCAUCCCUGCCUGCCUCUCCCUGCAGGACUGACAGCGUCACUUACGUGUAUACAUUUUUUUAAUUAAAAAAAAAAGUGUUCUAAUGAUUACCAGGCCAGAGGAACUAUUUAAGGAAAAUGGAGAGUAUGUAAAUGAGCCGAGAACCUUUCAUUCCCUUGGUGGGGGGCAGAGGGCAGGUGCCCGAGUGGGCGGGGCGGGAGGGACUGAGGGGCGUCACCAGGGUGUGGGGGUCUCCCUCUGCAUGCAGCAGCCCGCCUGGUGGCGCCAUCUCUGUAUUCAUAUGUAGUUUGAAAAUGCUAUUUAUAUUGUAAAGAGAAUAAAAAGAAGCAGGCAGAUACUCUGUGGCCCGCGGGGUCCUGGGGGUCUGAGGGGUCUGGCCGUGGCGGGGUGUCUGGGUCGUGCCCCUGUCAUGGGUUUCGGGAUGACCUGAGCAGACAGGUGGCCUCACAGCAAAGGGGAAGCACAUUUCCCAUGAAGAUAUGUGACGGUAUGUGCAAAAACAGAAACCCACCCACCAUGAUUUUUUUCCCAUCCAAGAUUAAGGAUGUGCUGUAUUUUUGCCUAAUUUCCCUGCCUCUAGGUUCAUAAUGAAUUAAAGGCUCAUGAGCACUGCGAUUACA